AUGAGCAAUACCGACUUCCUCGGGCGGGCAAUCGACACUGUCAAGAAGGCCAUCGAGAACGAUAAUGAGGGCGAGUACGAGAAAGCUUAUCAAACCUACUACUCCGCACUGGAGCUGUUCAUGCUCGCCUUGAAAUGGGAGAAAAACCCAAAGUCCAAGGAGAUGAUCCGCGCAAAAACAGGCGAGUAUAUGGAUCGUGCAGAGAAACUCAAGAAUCAUCUGGCUCAAUCGGACGGGCGACAAAAGCCGAGUGCUGUGGGCGCGAAUGGGAAAGUGGCGCAAGGAAGUGGGAAGGGCGGGGAAAAAGAUGACGAUAACGAAGACGCCGAUUCCAAGAAGCUACGGUCAGCGCUGGCCGGUGCUAUUUUGACGGACAAGCCCAAUGUACAGUGGGAGGAUGUUGCGGGUCUCGAGAGUGCAAAGGAGGCUCUGAAAGAGGCUGUUAUUUUGCCCAUCAAGUUCCCGCAUCUGUUUACUGGAAAGCGACAACCAUGGAAGGGUAUCCUACUCUACGGACCUCCAGGUACCGGAAAGUCGUAUCUCGCUAAAGCCGUCGCGACAGAAGCAAACAGUACUUUCUUCAGUGUCAGCAGCAGUGACCUGGUAUCGAAAUGGAUGGGUGAAAGCGAACGACUUGUGAAGCAGCUUUUCAAUAUGGCCCGGGAGAAUAAACCGGCUAUUAUCUUCAUUGACGAAGUUGAUGCACUUUGCGGUCCUCGUGGUGAGGGAGAAUCAGAGGCUUCCCGUCGUAUCAAGACUGAAUUACUGGUCCAGAUGGACGGUGUAGGCAAAGACUCCAAGGGUGUCCUAAUUCUGGGCGCAACGAAUAUCCCGUGGCAGCUUGACGCGGCCAUUCGUCGCAGAUUCCAAAGGAGAGUGCACAUCAGUCUUCCUGAUCUUAAUGCACGGAUGAAGAUGUUCGCGCUAGCUGUCGGUUCAACGCCGUGCGAAAUGACGCAGGCGGAUUAUAAAACGCUGGCUGAGAUGAGCGAGGGCUAUUCCGGCAGCGAUAUCAGUAUUGCUGUGCAGGAUGCUUUAAUGCAACCUAUUCGUAAGAUCCAAACUGCAACACACUACAAGAAGGUCAUCCUCGAUGGCGCAGAGAAGGUCACUCCAUGCUCACCAGGAGACCAAGGUGCAAUGGAGAUGUCCUGGGUCAAAGUCGAAGCAGACCAACUCCUCGAACCCGCACUUGUACUCAAGGACUUUGUUAAGUCUGUCCGCAGCUCCAGACCAACAAUUAGUUAUGACGACCUCAAGAGGAACGCGGAAUGGACCGAGGAAUUCGGUAGUGAAGGAGCAUGA